AUGUCUUCUUCCUCAUCAUCAACAUCAUCCGCUGCCCAACAACAACUGCAGCAACAAGAACAACAAUAUAACGAACAAGGUGAAGAUUUUCCUUCUCUUUUUAUUCGUGCUGCUUCCUUCUCCUCUUCAUCAGAGUCUGACGACAUAAUUCCUAAUCAUCAACAACAUACCACCCAACCAAUCAAAACAUAUGAAUCCAAGAUUAAUUAUGAACAUCAAAUGGUAAUUGAUAAUGAAGAAUCGGAAUUAAACUUAUCGCCAAGGAGAAGUUCUAGAAAGAAAACGCCAAAAAAACAAUUCAGUCCAACCCACAAAGAGCAAUCUGAUAAAAAAACUACACCUUCUAAAAUACAGAUUCCACCAUCACCAAUACAAUCACAAGUUAUUCAACAUGAUUAUCCAUUUGGAGAACCUUGGACACAAGAAGAACUUUCAACUUUUUUAGAAGGGUUCAACAAGUAUAAAACUGAUUGGGGUAUGAUCAAACCACUUUUACCAAGUAGAAGUGUUUCUAUGAUUAAUUCACUUUACGAAACUCACAAAAGAUUUAUUGAAGCAGACUGUGGUUUAGAUGUGAAAAAAUUACAAUUUCAUGAUAUUCACUUGGAUUACAUAUCAUUCAAACAACAACAAAUGAUUCCAUCUCCUCAACCACAACAAUUCCAACAACUUCCACCACAACCUAUUCCACCAAGAGCAAAGAAUUCUGCUAGAAAACGUUUGCAAGAUGAAUUUGAUGCCAUCUCAUCACCUAAGAAGAAAGGUUCACCAAGACAACGUUUUUCAAAAACCUCUAAAAUAAUACCUACCACCAGUAAUUCAAAUACCCUAAUUCCAAACUUUAAAAGAAAACAAAAAAUAAUAAUGGAACAAUUACCACUUGAAGUAAUUGAAUCAUUCCAAUCAGAUUCAGAUACUGUAACAUUAACAAGCUCUCAAAGUUCUCUUUCUGUUUCAAAUACUGAAAGUCAACCAACUUCACCACCUCCACCACAAUCCCUUCAAUCUCCAUUAUCACCAACAAGUGAUCUUUCCUCUUUCACAGCAGCUAUUGGAAUGUUAUCACCUGAUAGUAAAAAGAAUUAUGAAAAGAACAAAAUGUUACCAAUCAAACUAAGAAAGAAGGGUACUCACGGUAAUCCUUUGCUAAAAUAUAUUCAAAUUGCUAAUGGAGAUCAAAAUGAUACAGAAUUGUUAGAAUCAGCUCAAAAUGCUGGAAUGAAAAUUGUAAAAAUACUAUCAAGAAAGAAAACAAGAACAUUUUGCUCAAGUGAAUGGUUUUACCCAACGAUAGACUUUGGAUUUUUCGAAAAGAAUGAAUUUUUGGAAUGCUUAUCUUGCUUGGAUGAACCAUAUAGAAAUAGAAAAUCCUUUAAAAAAUCAGAACUUAAAGGUUUAAGAGCAGAAAUGUGUAAAAAGUUUGGUAAACCAAGAAGAUUUUCUCAAGCUUAUUUAAAACAAGAAAGAGCCAAGCUGGAAAUGAAUAGAAGUUUUGCUAGAGAAUACUAUCAAAAGUUUAAACAAGUAUAUCAACUCUCUCAAGAUAAUCAACCAUUUGUUCCUCCUCCAGUCAUUAUGGACUACCCACUUGUAUCUGAACUUCAAUUUAUUGAAAGAUUGGCUGCUCCAUUUAAAAAGAACGAUCAAGUUUUGGUUUUAAAUCCAGAAACCCAACAUGUACAACUUGCUACAAUAAUGGAUGAUAUUCCUCAUUCAAAAACAGAUUAUAGAGUUAAAUUUUUAUACACUAAAGAGGAACGUAUAGUCCAAGAUACAGAAAUUAUGCAAUUAGGAACUGUUUCAGUAUUACCAGUUCAAAGAAGAGUACCAGAAAUGUUCAGACCUGUCAUUCAAGAUGGAAUUCUCCCACCACAAACUCCACCAAGAAAAAGCAAUUAUAGUUUCCUCUCAGGUGAUAAUAAUUUGAACAAUAGUAUGUUAUCUGCAUCCUCACCACAUUCCCCAUUCUUUUCGAAUAAUCAUCCAAUUUUCCAAAGUCCUCCGUCAUCAGCCAAUGAUAUUCAUGAUAAUGGGGCUUCAUUACAAACCCCAACAAAGAAACAAAAACUGGAUGGUGGGUUAAUGUCACCAAGUAAUAUAUUUGCAAGUCCAAAUAUGGAGAGUCAUGAAUUUUCUAAUCCAUUAUCCUCUCCACAACACGGAUUUGCUCAAAAUCAACCACCUCCAGUUAUGGCUACUGGUAUUGUUGAUCUUUCAAAUCCAUCUCAAGAAGUUGUUAGAAAUAUUUCCAAAUGCAUAUUUUUAUUAAGAAAGAAACAUGAACACAUGGUAUUAUUUAAAAAUUUGAAUGAAAAGGCGAGACAUGCCAUGAUGAAACACUCUUUAGCUAUGGCCUCAUCUAAUACAUCAGAAGAAGGAUCAAGCUCUUCUGUGACUCCAAUAAUAUUUCAAAAAUCAUUCUGUAUUGAAUAUACCAAAUUGGUACUUGAUUUGAGUAAGAUUAAUAAUGAAUUGGAAGUUUUAUUACCUCAAGUUAGAAGCUACAGUUCAACUCCAAAUUAUGCAACAACUAAUUAUCCUAUCCAUAGUAUUUUUUCUCAAUCAAUCACAAAACAAUCAACUUUCCUUUUCCAAAAACAAACAAAUGGACCAGCAAGACAACAAAUGUGUCAAGAUAUAUUUGAGUCAAAUAGAAAUCAUGCUAAAGAUAUUGUAAAUUGUGUAAUGGCUCAAUUAUUAACACAACUUCCAUCCACUACCUCUGAAAAUGUAACUUCUAGUUUGGCUGCAGAUUCGGAAGAAAUUAAUUAUGCUGCUAAUACAUCAACAAGUCAUUUGACAACAACACACCGUUCCGGAAGUGGAUCUGAUUCUGAUUCUGAAUUUCUACCAUCUUCAAAACCACAAAUUCCACCUUCAAAUAAGAAUAUUUUCAAUCCACCUUCAUCAAUAUCAUCUGAAAAACCACCUUUACAUUAUGUUCAUAAGCAUUACCAUCACUAUACUGAUACAAGCCAAAAUUCAAAAUUAUCUGGAGCUUCACAAUCCUUGAGAUCAUCUGUUUCCACCUCAACUAGUUCUUCCUCAAAGAUUCAUCAAACAAAUAUUGAUAGUAUAUCCUCAUCAUCUCUUUCUUCUUCUUCAAGGAGAAUGGGACAAGGAGUAGCGCCACCAUCUUCAACUUUAUCAAGUACAAUUCUUACAAAUACCACGGCUGCCUCGCCACCAAUGCAACACGACAGUAAAGCUAUUUUGUCUGCUCUUCAGUCACUGCAAGAAAAGAUCAAAACAUUGCAAACAAGAGUUGAUGAAUUGGAAAGAGAAAAAGUUGAACAAAGGCAUAGAUAUGAACAGGAACUGUUUUCACUCAAAAUGAAGUUAGAAAGUGAAAGAGAUUCCUACAAGGAACAAUUGGAUAUCACUCGUACUGAAUGUAAAAGAUAUAGUGAUAAAUUGACUGAAACUGAAAAGGAGCUAACUCAAUGUAAAGAUUCUAGAAGAGAAAUCAGUACCAAUAAUAGUAAAUCUCAACAGAGAACUCUUGAGCUUGAAAGAAAAUCCAAUACACUUGAAACAGAAUUGCUAGAUCUUAAAGAAAAUCACUCUAGGUUGAAUAAUCUUUAUGAACAAUCUUUGAAUAAGAUUGAAGAACUCCAAUCUAAUUUGGUUAAAUAUCAUAGAAGAAAGGAGAGAUUAGAAGUUGAAAAGAAAGAGCUUGAUACUGCUCUUAAGGAAAUGAUUGACCUUCACCAACAAUUUGUUAAUCAAACACUAGGAGAACAAACUACUCAAAACCAUAUGUCUUCAUCUCAACACAUUCAUCAUCAACAACAACAAUAUGUUUCAAAUAAUCAUCACAAUCAUGUCCAUAAUUCAAACACUAUCAAAUCAUCUCCUAUGGUUCAACAACCAGCUAUAAUACCACAACAAACAAUAAGCCCACCACCUAGAUCAUCCUCCCCAACAAUGGAUAAGAAAAAGAAGAAGUUAGCAAGCUUGGCACGUCCUAAAUCUGCUGGUGUUCUCCAACCAACAAUAAGCUCUUCAAGAAAGAAAAGAAGAGAACAAACUUCUAAGAGAAUGACAGCUGUUCACUACUCAACCAAUCAAAUUCCUGUGAGUAGUUCCGCCCAACAACAACUACAACAACCAUAUGUUAAUCAAUCUGCUACAAAUAUAAUUUCUAAGCUUUCCUUAAAUAAGAACCUUCAUGAGAGACUUAAAAAGUCCAAUAACAAUACUGCACCACCUUUCUUGCCUAAUAGCUUUAACAGCAAUUCUAGGACCUUCCACGCUGCAGGACAAGCUCAGAAUCUUCUAAGCACAACAGUUGGAAUUGGUAAAAAAGAAUCCACAAAUUAUUACGGAGCCAACGAACACGCUCAGGACAGAGAGCAUAUUCAAGUUCUGAGAGAGGUUGAUGCAUUCAACAGUGGUGAAGAAAUAAGGGAUUGUAUCGCUCAACUCGAAGAAGAAUAUUUACAAUCUCAGGAACAGUACAAGCUCUACUUGAGUAAGCUGUCUGAACCAGAAGUGAAUAUUGAUUUUGUCAAGGAACAACUCAAAUAUUUGACAGAGUCAAUGGAUAGAAAGAAUAAGCAACUGAAUACUUUGAAGACUUAUCAUUUGAGUGUUUGCGAAAGAAUUCGAGAUGCAACAUCACCACCAAAAAUUAGGGGUAGUGAAAAGAGAGUUCAAGCUCUUCGAUUGUUUAAUGACUUGAGAAAAUUACAACAGCAAGGAACUGUUGCAAAUCACUGCUAGUCAAUGUAUAUCAUCUAUCAAUGUUCAAGAGAGAACUUUAAAUAAAGAAAGCAUUUAAAAAUUU